AUGUCGAAAGGAAAUGUUCUUGUUACUGGCGUCACUGGAUUCAUUGCUACCCAGGUGGCUUUGACUUUCCUGGACGAAGGUUACUCCGUGCGAGGAACCGUUCGUUCAGCAGAUAAAGGGGCCGAAUGGAUCGCGCUCUUCCCGCAGCACAAGGCCAGAUUUGAAUACGUCGUGGUCGCUGACAUGACCGUGGCUGGUGCCUUCAACGAUGCGGUAAAGGGUAUCGAUUACAUAGCCCACGUUGCGUCCCCUGCAUUCUGGGGCCAAGGUGACAACGAGAAAGACAUUCUCCUUCCAGCCAUCAAUGGAACCAAGAAUCUUGUUGAAGCCACCAAGCUUGAGCCCAAGAUCAAGCGUGUCGUCUUCACGUCUUCGCUUGCCGCGGUGAUCAACCCCACUCUGCCUGCUGACACCCUCCACACUCCCGACGAGUGGAACCCGAUGACCUACGAGGAGGCCAAGAACCAGACUACGCCGAUGUUCGUGUAUCGCGCUUCAAAGGCCUUGGCCGAGAAGACCUUCUGGGAAUACAUCGAAAAAGAGAAGCCGACCUGGGCUGGAUCUGUCAUCGCGCCAUGCGGGUGCUUCGGCCCUCCUCUCCAGAAGAUCACGUCUUUGGCGGGCCUGAACGUUUCUGUCAAGUACCUUUGGAACAUGGCGGAUGGAACCUUCAAGAACGGCGUUCCAGCUAUCGGUUUCCCGGUGUGCACUGACGUUCGCGAUGUGGCCCUCGCCCAUGUCCGUGCUGUCGAGAGGGAUGCCGCCAAGAACCAGCGCUACCUCGUCAUCGCCAACCACUAUAACCCUGAUAUGGCCGUAGAAGUGAUUGGUCGGGCUCACCCUGAGUUGAAGGAGAGCCGACUCGCGCCUGUCGACCCCGUCAAGAUCAAGCAGCUCGUCCCGUUCAAUUUCGACACCUCAAAGACACAGAAGGACCUUGGCAUCGUUUACACGCCAUUCGAAAAGACUAUCGUUGAUACUGUUGACUAUCUGUUGGAGGUUGAGAAACAGUUAGCCAAGUAA